ACCAGAAGACAGACGGACAAAAAUUGUAUUGAUUCAAACGAAUUGAAAUAACAACAUUAAAUUAAAUUUCGCUUCAAAAUGAUGACUUAUCAAGUUUCAGCUUUUGCCUUGGCAAUAGUUUUUGUCGCCAACAUCUCUUACAUUGCUAAUGCUGACCAAGUAUUCAACUAUGAUGUGACUGUCCAUACCUCAGGAUCAACCAAAUUCUCAGCUCAUGAUGGUAAACUCAAGCUCACUGUGGUCAAAAGUAGCGGAAAGACACAAGAAGACUUUGUAUUGACGCCAAAUGAUGUUAAUCUUACCAUGAAUAGCAAAUACACUGGUCAAAUUGCAUCGUCCGUUGAGCUUGAAGAUAUCAAAUCUGUUUACCUCCAAUGGACUUUGGCUACUCCAUACAAUCCAUAUUUUGCGAUCAAAAAACCAUCCAUCUACUUCGAUCUAAUUGUUUUUGGCUAUAAAUAUAAAGCUAUGGCAUAUCGAACACAUAUAAACAUGCAAAAAGUUCAGAAUUUUUGUCCAUCAACUCAACCUAUUGGAAUUGAACAUGCCGAUGGAGCUUCAUUCAAUGCUUGUGGAUCCAUAAUAAGACAAGUAUUGCCAUUUUGAUGAUUUCAUGUCAAAAUUUCAACCGGUCUAUAAAUCUCCUGUUAAUCACAAACGAAAGUUCUAGGGAAUAAAUUCCGUUGAUGUUAGAAAAAAUAUGUAUCAUCUGAAACCAAAAUUGGGACAAUUUUCAAUUCAGAUUCAAUAUAAUAUUCAAAUAUGCAGACUGUAAGGUCAAGUCAAUCCAUUUUUAAUUAAAGUCUUGAAUAAAAUAUAUUAAGUAAAUGCAACGAAA